AUGAGCCUCGAUACUACUUUUAGUCGUGCAACGCGUGAGUUUAUAUCUCAGACGAAUAAGAAGCGGCUUCCAAGCUUCAUUAAGACUGUCAUAAUCGAUGGCAAAGCCGUGUCUGCCGACGAUGUUCAAAAACACCUCGAAAUCCUGGAGAAGGAGAACUCUCAACGCGCCUCCCGAAGAGUUAUGAGGCCGGUAUUCCAGGCAAUGCUGGACUACGACGGUGUCCUAGGAACUCUUUGCCAAGCAGAUCCGACGCCGUCUGCGCUCAUAUGGGGUGGUUUAAAAGCAAUACUCGAAUGUAUCCGCCGUUACAACAAUCUAUUUGAGAAGAUCGAAGGUCAGCUGAUGAGCCUAACACAACAGUUAAAACGCCUGAAGGACUAUGAGGAGCUUUUCUCGCAGUCUCAAGACAUGCUAGAUCUUGUUGUGUCCUCGUAUGUUGGCAUAAUUAGGUUCUGGGCGAGAGUUGAGGAACAGUGCUCUACAUCUGGACUGCUUCUGGUUGCGCAAUCAAUAACUUCUUUCAGUACCAAGAAGCUAGAUGAGAUUCUGGAAGAUAUCUCACAAGACGCAGACGACAUUGCCAAACUUUUUCCGAUCGUACAGGAACGUCUGCGCCGAGGCGAGGUCCAGGAUGCAGCUGAUGAACGAAGAAAAGCGGGCGUUCAACUUGAGCAAAUUCGCAAGAGCCUCCAGCAGGACCGUGAAGCGCGCCGAAAGCUUGAUGCCAGAAACUGGAUUAUAGGCCCUGUCACGCUUGGUGAGAGCAACUAUAGACUGCAACAUCAGCACCAUCAGCAGCUUCUUCCAGGAACCGGAGAAUGGCUUUCAAGAAACGGGCACUUUUUAAACUGGUCGAAUCCUGACAAGAGCCCUAACGUACUGUGGCUAAAUGGUGGUUCUGGAGUGGGAAAAUCCGUACUAUGUGCUCGGACUAUAUACAACUUCCAGAAAUCUGGAGCCACAGUGGCUUUCAACUACUUCAGCUUUGACGAGACUCCUCAAGUCAUGCUGAUAUAUCGUUAUCUUGCUAUUCAGCUCUUUGAUCAGCUAUAUUUCUCUGCAGAGGUUUCUGACCACAUCAUCGGUCUAAUUCGAGGUAAUCCGGACGUAGCGACAUUUCAGAGUUUGAUCAGUACCUUGGUGGCCGAAUCGCAGACUACCUUCAUAUUUCUCGACGGCCUUGACGAAGAAUACUCCGAAAAAGGGCGUUGGAAAUCGGCGGUUGAUGUUGCUAGUUUCCUCCUCGGCCUCGCUCGACAGGAAAAUUCGCCUCUCAAGCUUUGGUGUAGCUCUCAAGAUCGCCGGAAGAUCAGAGAACUUUUCAAAGGCGCCGAAGAAAUCAACGUGGGUACAGCUGAAAAUGGUGGUGAUAUUAAGAAAUUCUUCAACGCAGCGAUCGACUCUCAAGACUUUGCUGAGCUAAGCACUGACACGAAAGAACAUGUCCUCAAAUCUUUGAAUGAAAGUGUCAACGGCAACUUUCUAUGGGCCUCCAUGAUGGUUGAUUCUUUAGAAAGUGCUCCCACCGUACGAAAACUGGAAGAGAUCAUAGAGAAUGGCCUGCCUGAAGAAUUUGAAAUUUAUCUCCAGAACCAAUUUCAAGAGAGGAAAUACGUUGACAAUGGGCUCCUUAUAAGGUAA